AUGCUGUGGUAUCUUCUUUACCCGCUGAGAGGCACGACCGAGGCCCCUGUGUUGGCGCCCAGUCACCCUCUCCGAAGACUCUUCACGCAAUAUGGAACCUGGGUCGCCCGUCAUGUCAAGACCGUCUUGCCCUUGUCCGGCGCCGUGGUCUUCAUAUUCCUCUAUCUUGUACCCUUUCUGUAUACCGUCGACUCCGCCAACAUUACGAAUGGCGCCUCACCCCUCCCGCAUCAUGUCUGGACCGAUGCCCGGCCCCUAAGGGAUGGCAGCCAUGUCGAGCCCGAUGUUGUGAUGCGCUCGAUCUGGCAACGAGACGCCUUCCACAUCAGCAACGGCCUGACCAACCAAUCGUGGUUCUUCCACUCCCCGUUGCAGUACUGGUCAAGCUCUGCCGAAAACAUCGCGUCAGACCAGGACCUUAUCUCUACCGUCAACGAAAAGAAGACGCAGUCGACUUUUGUCAAUACGACUCUGCGGCACUCGAUCGUGUUCAGCGGCAAGCGGUUUCAGGAACGCCAGAUAGUGGCUGCCGAUGCGCUCGUCAUCACCCUGAUCCACAAGCUCCGGUCUCCGGUGGGCAGGCAAUGGGUCAAAAGGCUCGAAGCCCUGGCACAGGGCGCGAAACAGGACAGCAAGUGGCAGAUCAUCCCACCCGACGGCAGAAGCAUCGGGAACCAACUGUAUCAGUUCCAGUUUCAGCCAAUGACAUGGUAUGACUGGGCCAUGUUGGUACCCGCCUACGGCAUCCCCAUCUACUACCUGUUGUACCGCCUGUCCAAACUGCGCGCCGUCAAGUCGAGGGUCGGCCUGAUGGUCACCAUGCUGGCACAGAUCACAGCUUCCAUCGUCUCCAGUUUCACCGUCUGCGCGAUCUUCAAGGUUGAUCUUUCGCACGUCCCUCUGCAGACCUAUCCGUUCGUUAUUCUUGCCAUCAGCAUGGAGAACUCAUUCCGCUUGAUAAACGCUGUUAUUAUGACGUCUUCUGCCAUCAGCAUCAGCGAUAGGAUCGGGGAAGCCUUUGGUACUACCGCUCACAUUGCCAUCGCCAGCCCCAUUCAGAACUCGCUCAUUCUCUACGGUCUGUCCAAGACCGGUUCGCUAGGUGUCUCGAGCUUCUGUGCCUUUGCCACCAUUGCGACCUUUUUCGACUUCUUCUACCUUGCCACUUUCUUCCUCGCCGUUCUUAGCGUCGAUGUACGCCAAAGAGAGCUCUGUGAGCUCGAGAAGGCUUCGCUAAAACGGGCCAAGACCUCCCAGGGCGGGUUACCCAAGCAACCUUGGAUCAGGGGUAUCUACCCAUUUCGCCUGACCGAUACGGCCAUCUCGACGAGGAUCGCAGGAUCCAUUGUCUUGAUAGGUUUUGUUCUCAUCGCACAGGCCCAUUACACCUCCGAAGGCAGCCAUCAAUGGCUGAACCAGCUUUCCGGCUUGUCCUGGAGGGAUGCUGGGAGCACCCCCAAAUCGUCACUGCUGAUCGAUAUCCAUCAGGUCAGGAGCGCGACCUCCUGGCUCCGCAUGCAGGACCACGAGACGGCGCGGGAGGUCAUCAAGGCCAUAAAGCCGUGGGCGCACAGCUACGUGGCCCGCGUCUACGACCCCGUCAUAUUUGUGCUGAGGGGGGCUGACCGCACCCCGGACACGAAAGAUUCGACAUUUUUGCCUGCUGUUUACGACUUCCUUCACCACCAAAUCCCGCUGUUUAUCGCCUCACUAUUGACGAUGCUGGCGGCGCUGCGUCUACGUUGUCAUGCUGGCCGCAUCACUGGGGGCAAGCUAGUUUCCGUUGGGCUCGAUCGCGCCAUCCAGGUUUGGGAUGUGCCGACGGGUUCAAGGAACCUGGUUCAAUCCGACCCCGAGGCGCCACUGGACAGUCCGUUCCCCGUAUUGAACGUAGCGCUCGACGACAGGUCGAAGUGGUUGGCGUUGGUAUCGUGGCAGAGGGUGUUUAUUUGGAAUAUGGCGGAGAAGCAGUGGGCGGAUGUUAGAGAUGUUGAUUUAGGCGGUCACAGACCCGAGGCCGCGUUCUUCGUGGCGAAAUCCCCAGAUGCAGCACCGUCCCUGGUUCUGGUGAGAAGAAAUGGUAUCGGUCUCGAAGUGCCAAUGGCGGCUGAGAGUCCCCGAGACUUUUUGAUCUGCAAGACGCCGUUGGUCUGGGCGGUAUCCUUUACUGAGAAGUGUGCGUGGGAAGCACUCCCUUCCGGAAGUAUCGUCGGCGUCCACAAGAAACGAACCACACCCCUGCCCACAAUAAACACACCAUCCUCCAUCACCUCGUUGCGCAGCAGACGAACCGUCGGUCGCUCCAACUCAGAUAACCCACAACAUACAAACACACCCCCAGAAACACACACCCAGUCUCGAUCCUGGGAAUCCUGGGUCCUCAACCUCCGCCCGGACGCCAAAUCCGACUUCGAGACCCACCCCCUCAACGACGACGCCGACACGAGCAGCCCGCAUCUGAUGAUCUCCGAACUCGGCCCCAUGACGCGGCUAGGCACAAUGAGUGUCGCCGUCGGGCUGGGGGACGUCGUGAAGGUGGUCAGCGCUGGGCACGAGUAUUUCGAUCACGGGCGGGUUGGGUCGUUGGUCGAGAUUGCGCAUUGGCGGGGGUUUUCGGUUGAGCCUGGGGGGGCGAGUGGCUGCAGUUACAGCAGUUUUAUGGUUUUGGGGCGGAGGAGGAAGAAGGGAAGUGGUGCUGGGUUGGGGAGGGGUGGUAGUGGGGAGAGGAGGGAGAGUGCGAAUGCAAAUGCGAACGGGAACGGGAAUCCUGGGUGA